AUGAUAACUGAUCCGGUAAGUUUUUUGCCUAAUUUACAUUAAAGGUAACUGUCGUUUUGAUACAUAACUCAGCGUUGAAUCUAUUGGCGGUGGAUAAUUAUAAGAGAGUGAUAAUGAACUAUUGUCCCUCAAUUUGUUAUCACAGCAAAACAUUUAAAGGAAGUUACAAGCUCUAAAGACCAACAGUGAUAGUCGGAGAGCGCACUCGUUAAAACACUUGGUUAAAGUCAAAUUGUAAGUUGUCUUCCUGUUCUGUUUUGUUUAAUAUCUUCGUGGUUAUGUUGUUCUAAUUUCCUGGGUCUCAGUGGGUUUGUGCUAUCUCAUUUACACUUAGUUACACGAUUGGUUUACUAUAAGAGCUUUCCAACAGGUAUUUAUCAAGGAUCAAAGACAUUCUAAUUGGACAUUUCAUUGCCUAUUAACCCCCAAGGCAAACAUUUCGUCGAAUUUAUGCGACGUAUAUUAACAGAUAUCACAAAAGAGUUAAAAAUUUUAGUUUCUUAUUGUAACAAAACGUUUUCUAAGGGUCUCGAUGUUUCAACCGUCAAAUGGCCAAAAUCUUAACGGUUGAUUACAAAAAGUUAUCCAGUCAUUGCCGAAAAAUCUCUCUGGAAUCAGAAUUACCGGAUGUAGGUAAGACAUCGGCUUCAAUAUUUAGGUCAUCAUUUGUUCUCACAUUUUUACACCUGUAGUGCUGAAAUGACUUCCCUUUGGAAAACCUGUAGUUUCGAAAACAUGUCACGUGCAUUUUAGAAAGUGAAAUACCAUUUCACCUCAGCAAGUCACUUGGCCACUAUUUUUUGGGAAGAACUUUUACAAAAAGGUUUUUUUUAGCUUUGGAGUUAACAAAAAAAAAAUCGGUGAGUAGAGCUGCUAACUUUUGGUUACGAAGAGGAGUGAUCAAAAUACACCAAAGCAUUUGGUCAUUAUUCUUCGCUUGGGAGAGGGGGGGAGGGGGCUCUGUAAUAUUCUUAUGACCCCGACCCCCUCCCCCUCAUUAGCAAUUAAUUGGAAAGUCGAUUUUCUAUGGUCUUCCCGAAAAAAAUAAGUAUCUGGGAAACUGCCCGCCUACUCCUCCCCUAACUCAACAACAAUCAAUUGACAACAAUUUAAGGUUAAUGUUAGGUUAGGGGAGGGGUAGGUGGGCAGUUGCCCAGAUACUGAUAUUGAUCCGUCUUCCCUUUAAAUUCUGUUGGCGACUACUGAUCCCCCACUCGGUUCCUCCUGAAAAUUAUGUGAUCCCCAAACAUCCUCUGCCCCGCCUUUAAUGGACCUACUUAGCUAUGGUUGCUACAUGGGGUUUACACUUGGCUUUGAGGACUUUAUUCUAAGCAUGCGACAGUAUUGUAUAAGUUUUGCUUCAUUUUAUCCUAAUAGUAUUGUUGCAGCAAGGAAAUGGGUCGACGACAAGGUAACCUUAUCUUGCUACUGAUGAGCCUAUCAAGCAUGCUGGUCUGCGGAUUAGGCAGUCGCGUGGUACAAGACGAAACUGAGUACGUCAUUAUGUUUGAUGCAGGCUCUACCAAAACAAAGCUUGAGAUCUACAAGAUUGACGUCGCCUCGCCCCCGUUGGAAGUAGCAGACGUGCACGAACUUGAUCCUUCACCAAGCAAAGCAAAACCAGGUAUCGCCGACCUGGACCCAUCGGAAGUUGAGGCAUAUCUACGACCCUUACUGGACUCAGCGAUGAAGACAAUACCAGCGGAAAAACACUCCAGCACGCAUCUAUUCUUCCUCGCCACUGGAGGAAUGAGACUGCUGGAUGAAGAUAAAUCUAAGGCGAUUAUGGACCAAGUAAAGGGAGUCUUGAACGAUAAAACUAAAUGUCCAUUUAUGUUUGACCCUGAAGACGCCAGAGUGAUCUCGGGGGCACUUGAAGGGAUCUAUGCCUGGAUGUCUGUUAAUUUUUUGGAGGGGAAUUUUAUCCCAGGGAAAUCCCACCAUACCUACGGGAUAUUGGAUUUGGGCGGGGCUUCCCAUCAAAAUGCUGUCCAAUUUUGGCGAAAGAAGGAUGAUUUGUAUUCAAUCAAUGUGGGAGGUAAAAAAUUUAAUCUUUUUGCCAGAAGUUAUUUAGGGUAUGGGUUGAAUGAAGCUCGCAAAACAUACCUUGAACGACUGCCAAAGAAACCUUUCAAAAAUGGUGUUAUCAAAAGUCCGUGUCACCAUAAAGGUUUCAAUGAAACAACUGAUAUCAGUGGUGAAUUAUUCACCGUCGUAGGAAUUGCAAAUGUUCCCGCCUGUCGAAGGAUUAUUGAGAAAACGUUUUUCUGCAAAAAGAGUGAUUGCCCGUUUCAUGAUCAGCCCAAAUUACGCGGGAAUUAUUUUGGUUUUGCUGGGAUAUAUUACGCUGCCACGACCAUCGGGAUAUUGUGUUCCGAUUGCACCAAACCCCUCUCACCAGCCAUGUUUGAUAAGGGAUCGCGAGAUUUUUGCGCUAAAACACUAGAGAGCAUCAACAGCAACCCGUAUGCCAAAGAUCAUUGCUUCGGAGGCAAUUUCGUUUUUGAGCUUCUCACCCACGGUUACCGCUUGUCUGCUCACAAAACUAUCAUGGUUGGCAACACAUUGGAAGGGUUUAGUUUGGGUUGGACCCUUGGCGCUGCUCUGUUCAAUUCAGAAUUGUUGUGA